AUGUCAGUCCAGCAACCCCCACAACUCGACGGAGUCAAACACAUCAUCCUCGUCAUGUCCGGAAAGGGCGGCGUCGGCAAAUCCUCAGUCACCACACAGUUGGCCCUCUCGCUCAUAGCAAGGGGGAAAACCGUCGGAGUCCUCGAUAUUGAUCUCUGUGGACCCUCUAUCCCCCGCAUGCUUGGUCUUGAUGGCAAAGGUGUCCAUCAAUCCUCCGCUGGAUGGGUGCCGGUGUUUGCGGAUGAAAAGAAGCAGCUGUGCUGCAUGUCGAUUGGAUUCAUGCUCGAGAACAAAGAUGACUCUGUUGUCUGGCGUGGGCCUAAGAAGACUGCUAUGAUCCGCCAGUUUUUGACGGAUACUUGCUGGGGCGAGCUGGACUACUUGAUCAUCGACACACCACCAGGCACAUCGGACGAGAAUAUCUCGAUUGUGGAGCAUUUGAAGGCAUACAACCCAGACGGAGUGGUGUUGGUGACGACCCCUCAGGCAGUGGCUCUGGCCGAUGUCCGGAAACAGGUCAGCUUCUGUCAUCAGGUCGGCGUGCCCAUCCUCGGCCUUAUCGAGAACAUGAGUGGCUUCAUCUGCCCCCACUGCGCUGAAUGCAAUAACCUGUUCUCUGCGGGAGGAGGAGAGGCCAUGUCAGAGGAAUUUGCAUUGAACUUUUUGGGUAGGGUGCCCAUCGACCCUACUUUGACGGCGAUGGAUACCGAUCUGGUGAAGCAGUUCCCUACCUCGUCGCUGUUCCCUGUCUUUUCCAAGAUUACCGACAAGGUCGAGGAAUUCGCCACCCGCUCCCAGUAG